UGUUUGGUCUGCUGCUCAUUCACUGAUAUUAACACAGGACAUUAGUCUAAAACUGAAUUAUUUCUUGUUUCUGCUGCAGAUUUGUGUAAGAGAUGAAGGAGGAAUGUGGGAGUUUCCUGUCUGUGAACGUGGUGACAGUCAACGUGUUAUUGAGUGUCUUCUUUUAUACAGGUGUUUUUGCUGAGUGUUAUAAGGACCCACAUCUCUUCAUCACUGCACCAAAGCAGAUGGAAGCACUGAGUGGAUCUUGUUUGCUAAUCCCAUGUAGCUUUAGUGAUAGAUCAGGAGAAAUGUUGGAUGGCAACAGAGAAACCUUUGGGGUGUGGAUUAAAAGUGACCCAGAAUAUGGAAAUAAACCAUAUAAUAUCAUUUUUAACAGCAGUGAGUCAGAAAAUCCCUUUAAUAUGACAAUAAUUGGAAACCUGAAACAGAAAAACUGCACCACUUUGUUUUAUAAUUUAAACUCAAGUCAGUCAGACACAUACUUCUUCAGGAUUGAGAACGAAGCGUUCAAGGCAACAGCUUCUUGUGAUCCUGUUAAUAUAACAGUUAAAGAUUCUCCUCAGAGACCCAGAAUAGAAAUCUCAGGUGAUGUGAAGGACCUGAAGGAGAAGGAGUCUGUCACUAUAACCUGCUCAGCUUUCACUCCCUGUCCACACUCCCCUCCUGAACUCACCUGGAAUCUCCAACAAGACUCUCACAGACAAACAGAGGAAAACACAGAUGGAACCUUUACAACUAAAAUCCAGCAAAACAUCACUCUGUCACACACACAUGAUGGAUACACCAUCACAUGUUCUGCCAGAUAUCCUGUAGAUGGAGGAAAACGUGUGAAGACAUCAGAGACAGAAGAGACUCUCAGUGUUUCAUAUGCUCCUAAAGACACCUCAGCAUCCAUCAGUCCAUCAGGUUUGGUGUCAGCAGGUAGCUGGGUGAAGCUGAACUGCUCCAGCAGAGCCAAGCGUCCCGUCAGCAGCUUCACCUGGUUCAAGAUCAGCACAGAGGGACCCGUUAAUGUGUCUGAGGGACCGGUUCACAGCUUCAAUGCAACGGAUGGAGGAAUUUAUUACUGUGUGGCUGCAAAUAAACUGGGAAACCAGACGUCCCAAGAAAUCUAUCUUAAUAUUAAAGCAGAGACGUCGCUGAUAUCAGCCCUAGUUCCUGCAAUGAUUGCUGUUUGUCUUCUCAUCUGCCUGCUUUUAAGUGUUUGCUACUUUAAGUACAAACAUCCAACUUCAGUACAGACUCAGAGUGGAAAUCAAACACAGGAAGAAAUAUUUUAUGAAGAAAUGAACCACUUCAAGCACAGACCUGAACCUUCAUCCACCUCAGUGCAGGACAGCAGUCAGCAGCAGGACAUUCUGUGUUUACAGGUCAACAUGUCUGAGCCAGAAAAUAGCUCAACACUGACGGCUGACGUCCCAAAGGAUCACAACAUUCAGAGUCAAACAAAUGACAAGCUGGAUUUUCUAAUGCCAGCCCAUAAAACAAAUGAAGAAUGCCUUUAUGAAGUUAUGAACUUCUUCGAGCGGAGACCUGAACCUUCAUCUGUCUCAGUGCAGGACGGCAGACAGCAGCAGCAGGAAGAAAAGAAGAAAGAGUCAAAGCCAGAUAGCAGCUUAACACAGACCACCAAUGACCCAAACCACCUCUAUGCUUCUGUCAAGAAAAACAUAACAUCUCUUGUUUGAUUACAUGUAUUUACUUUUUCUUUCACAGAAUGUCCUGGAUCUUCCCCGGGGCCUCCUUCCGGUGCACGCAACACCUCACCAGGGAGGCUUUCAAGAACUGUUUUGGUGCUGGCUUCUACCUGAUGCCAAACGAAACCUGACGCUCCCAAGACUGGCUGCGACUGCACACAGGACUGUUUCUGGAAAUGCUCAAAGUGUUCAAAGUUUAAAGCAGACCAGGAAGAGAGCCAAACUCUGGGCAGACAGAUGGAUGGUAACAUGGAGCGCAUCACAGCC